AAGAGACCACAAUAAAAAAGGAAAUAGAAGGAAGAAAACAGUCAAUGACUCAAAGGGCAGAAAAACCAUAUAAGUGUGAAAACUGUGAUAAAUCUUUUAUCUCAAAAUCGAAGCUGACCUGUCACAUUAGCAUCCAUAGUAGGGAAAACCUGUACGAAUGUCAAGUGUGUCUGAAAAAGUUAUCCAGUAGACGAAUUUUAAAUCGACAUACUCAAAUACAUACAAGGGAAAAGCCAUUCAAGUGUGAAACCUGUGGAAUGAGAUUUAAUUACAAAGAUAGUUUGAUACAUCAUCAGAUGUUGCAUACGGGUGAAUGUCCAUUCGAAUGCCCGAUUUGCAAUAAACGUUUCGUCAAGAAAUCAAAGCUGACCUAUCACUUUCGUAUCCAUACUGGGGAGAAACCAUACGAGUGUCCGGUGUGUCAGAGAAGAUUUUCCCUAAAACACAUUCGCGAUGUACAUACGCGUGUUCAUACAGGGAAAAACCCAUACGAAUGUCAAGUAUGUCGAAAAAGGUUUCCCGAAGAAUUCCGUCUCCAUCUGCACAUGUUGAUUCAUACACAGGAAAAACCACUCGAGCGUCCAUUACACCCUGAAAAGUUUUCCGGAAAAGAAAAGCCGAUCAAGUGCGAAACCUGUGGAGAAUUGCAUUUGACCUCACACAUUUGCGUCCAUACUGAGGAAAAACUGCACGAGUGUCAAGUGUGUCAAAAGAAGUUUUCUGAAAAACAACACCUCGAUCAACAUAUGUGUGUUUAUACGAGGGAAAAACCGUAUGAAUGUCAAAUGUGCCAGAAAAGGUUUUCCAAAAAAUACGGUCUCGGUGUGCAUAUGCUAGUUCAUACGGGAGAAAAACCAUUCAAGUGCGAUACCUGCGACAAACGUUUCAUCAAAAAAUGGUGUUUAACCAGACACGUUCGUGUUCAUACCAAGGAAAAACCGUACGAGUGUCGACUGUGUCUGAAAAGGUUUACCGAUAAACGGGAUUUCGAUCGACAUAUGCACAUUCAUAUGGGAGAAAAACCAUUCAACUGCAAAUUCUGUGGUAGGAAAUUUGCUCGCAAGAUCGAUUUGGUGCGACAUGAAAUGUUGCAUACAGGCGAACGACCAUUUGAAUGUCCGAGUUGCGGGAAACGUUUCAUUAGAAAAUCGAAGUUGACUAAUCAUUUUCGCGUCCACACCGGGGAAAAACCGUUCUCAUGUGAUAUAUGUCAGAAAAGGUUUUCUCAAAAACAGUCCCUACCUGUUCAUAUGAGCAUUCAUAUGAGAGAAUAGCCCGAGCCAUCUUAAAAACUUUCAGAAAGACAUCUACUCAAAUGUAAGUAAUGAUAAAUUUAAAUACCAUUGCGUAAUAGAUUAGACUAUUAUAAAUAUUCAAAGCAUAAGCACUGAACGAUACACAGUUUAAUACCCAUAAUAAAUACUGUCAGGAUAAAGGCUGUAUCUAAUAUUUAUUGCUUAUUGUAUAGUAUUUGAAAUAUUUGCUAAGGGCCGUGUAAAAGUAUUUACUUGGCAAUUUUUUUUUUUCGUGGAAGAAGGGAAAUCUUCCAAAGACCCAGCCCUCUUCAACAAUGGUUAGGCACGCAAACCAAGUUAAUGAACAUUAUUGGAAACUGUUGUAUUGAGUCAUAACAGCUGGUGGU